AUGAAGUGGCUGAUGUCGAUUGGUCUCCGGAUGGGGGCGACACAGAAGAAGAAGACGGAAAGGACUAAACUGACCAAGGCACAGCGGCAAGCGAUCGCGAAGGCGGAGAAGGACAAGAAAGCUAUUGAGGCUCGCAUGAAGAAAUGGGGGCAACAGCCCGAGGCGGGUGGAGAUGAGCCUCCUCCCUUGCGGUUUCUGGACCAGGGCGAGGCGCUUGAGAAAGUCGUCGAUGACCCCAACGAUAUCGUGCCCCUGGAGGAUUAUUGGUCCGGUCUACUGUUUCUCGGCAGUGCUGCAUCCAAUCGGCGGAUGUGGUACUUGAGCACCUAUCUGACCUCGAUUGCCGCAGCGCGUGCCACCGAUUCCACCAAGGGUUAG